AUGUAAUAAAAGUAGAGAGAAUGGGCAUUGACCAUUUCGAAUGCUUCAAUGCGACAAAUCAAACAUCGCUUCGCCUCAGAAGGCAUCUAACCUUCGCGCAGCCGCUAGUGCCGGAUAGCUGUGAGAGAAUCGUCUUUCUGGACAGACAGGACCGCUGCAAGUAUGCAAACACGAAUCCGUCGUGCUUAAGCCAGGUGUUCCUGUUCAACUACAACGCCAUCUUCUACUGCAAAUGCGAUGCGGACGAUCUGCUGGGCUUGGCGUGCACCGUCUGGCUGCUGCUCGAGUGCGUGCUCAUCUUCUGGGUCAUCUACUUUACGACCAUUCACUAUUUUGUGCCAGCUCUCACAGUCAUAGCGCGCAUGCUAAAUAUGAACGAAUAUGUGGCCGGCGAGACCAUACUGACCUUUGGCAACAAUGCUCCGUCGAUUUUCAGCAGCGUGCUUGGUUUGAAAAAUAAGUCGCGUCACGGCUACUCCGAUACGAUGUCGAUUAAUCUAUUUAUGGGCGUCUUUGCCACAUCGCUUAUCAUGUGGGUGCGGCCCUUGGCCAUCGAUAGCAGCUACUUUCUGCGAGCCAUGGGCUUCGUCUUGCUCUAUGUGACCUUUGUGGACUUUACGAUUUAUUUCACCAGAGGCUAUAUAACGAUUGGGUGGGCCGUGGCCCUAUCCCUCAUAUGCCCCAUUUAUAUUGCCAUUGUACUUAUCGAUCAGUGUUUGCAAAAUCGCAGGGAUCGAGCACUGAGUACGUCUAUACGAAAUACUGCGGAGCUCGAUCCCGAGUACAUAACCCAUGUGAGAACGAGCUCGGCAACCAACACGGUACAACGGUCAGCCAAUGAUAAAAUAUUCUUACAGUUCUUUAGAAGCUUGGACACCUUGGACAGAAGCCGGUUCUCCAGCCCGUGGGCGUUCUGCAAGCUGUGGGCCUUGGUUAAGGUGGUGCCAAUGAUUCUCUUGCGCCUCUUUAUACCCGAAAUUUAUACGGAUCAAUCAGCUCACUCCUACUCAAAGCUGCUCAUGUGCAUUCAGAUAACCCUAACGCCCACUCUCACCAUGGCAUUCAUUGCUGAGAAAUUUGAUAAAUUGUCCGACAGGAAGGUCCUUGUGCUCAUGGUCUGUGUUGUGGCUCUACUGCCCUUAUCGAUAGCAGCUUUAUUCUAUUCGCGCACGGAUACGGUGCCCAGGUGGUACAAGUCCAUGGAGGCAUUGAAUCUCAUGGGCUGCCUGCUGGUUCUCUUUGUGAUGACCAAGGAGCUGAAUUGCUUGCUGGAGGCCGUGGGCAUUAUCGUGAAACGCAGUCACACCUUCAUUGGCUGCACCCUCUACACCUGGGGCUCUGGAUGGUCGGAUCUUCUGCUCAAUUUGAGCCUGGCUCGUAGAGGCCUGCCGCGCAUGGCCUUCUCGGCUUGCUAUGGCUCCAUUAUCUUCUCCAUCUUUUCGUCCGUUUGCAUACCAUACCUUUUCUCUGCCAUAGAGCCAAGCCCAACAGGAAACAACUAUGUCACCAAGGGCACUGUGGGCGACACGGCCUCUACCUUUCUUAUCAUAAGUCUGGGGUUGACAAUUCUGUAUGCGGUUUCAACCAAUUUUAUGCUGCGUCGCACGGGCGCAUUGGUGGGCAUAACCAUGUAUGUGUUGUUCCUGAUAUUUUGCGUCCUCACCGAGUUUGAGGUGAUCCAUGCGUAUGGAACCGAUCACACCAAGGAUCACGACCACUACGAUGAGAGCUAUAGCACUAGAGUCUGAGUUCAGGAAUGAGUUCACUGUGAAUUUGCAAUCAGUUGAAAUUAAAUCAGACUAAAGAGUACAUCUGUUUUUUU